AUGAGCAGGCUGCAUGGCUUGGAGAAUUCAAAUGUCGACCCUGUGAUUGGGCAACCUCACAAACUCUUGGGCGGUCUGCAUGGCCAUCCAUGCCCUACAACGUCCACGAAUUUCCAGCCCUGCGUUCAAACGGCGCUCACCGUUGUAUCAACGGGAAAAGAGGAAGAAACCCUUUCGAGACCUUGGAGUAUCGUUGUGCCUUCGUCCAAAGUACACUAUCAGCAUGUAUACAAAGAAGAAGAACUUGGAAGUUGGAAGGGAUUCGCAUUGUUGCAUUUCAUCGCGAGUCAGGGUGAAGCUGACCCGCUGCUCGAGAAGCAAAAUGUUGGCUCAGUCUUUUGA